UGAUAAUGAUUUUUUUUUAAGUCGAUACAAGAAGCAUAGCCAAACCCUAAACACAAGGCUACUCCCGGCCGUUUGUAUCUCCGCCGUCGAAGUCGAUGUUUUGCUCCGGCGACGUCGCCUCGAGCCUUCUUCACUCGUGCAUUGCUCUCUGAGGAAUCGCGCCACACCGCCUCUCUUCCUCUCCGAUUUCUGCAUCGAUGAUGGAGAUGGCUGAAGAAGCGGAGGGAAGCGCUUCCAGGGAAGAACCACAGGAGACACGCGAAGAGAUGCUCUCGAGGCACCGGCAAGAGAUUGCCAAGCUCCAUAACAAGGAAAUGAAUCUUAAAAAGGCUGCUGCUAAAGGAAGUAAAGCCGAGCAGAAAGCUAAAAGGAAGCAAGUGGAAGAAGAGAUAUCUCAACUUCAAACUCAAUUAAAAGCUAAACAUGUGCGAGAACUUACAUUGCUGGGCUAUACGACAAGUGAAAGCGCUGAGAAAUCUAAUGUAGAUAAUUUGGCCAAGGCCAUUGCUGGAUUUAAUGUUGUUCGCCAUGGUGACCCGGCAAAACCCAACAAAGGAACAAGGAGAAGAGAAAAAAGAGCGCAAGAAGAAGCUGCAAGAGAGCAGAGGAUACAGGAAGAGCAGAGCAACAUGCUUAGCGAUCGCAUGAUUGAAAACGAGAAGCUGGAGAGGAAGUUGGAGCCACUGGGUCUGACAAUCAAUGAGAUAAAACCAGAUGGCCACUGUCUCUAUAGAGCUGUCGAAAACCAGCUCUCACUUUGCUCUAAUGGUGUAUCACCCUACAGUUUCCAGGAGCUUCGCAAAAUGACUGCUAAGUACAUGAGAAACCACACGCCAGAUUUUCUACCGUUUUUCCUAUCAGAGAGUAAGAUCGAGGUAGAAUCAGACAGCUCACCCUUGGAAAGAUUCGACAAGUACUGUGUAGAAGUAGAGUCAACAGCAGCCUGGGGAGGACAACUUGAGCUCAGUGCUCUUGUACAUUGCCUCAAGAAACAUAUCGUCAUAUACUCAGGUUCUUUUCCAGAUGUGGAAAUGGGGAAAGAAUACAAGUCUGAGAUUGGAAGUGAAGUAGGCAACCCUAGCAUAAUGUUAUCAUAUCAUCGACACGCUUAUGGCCUCGGCGAGCAUUACAAUUCGGUAGUUCCCAACACAACAAUGUAACUUGGGCUCCUUUGUGCAAUGUACCUAUAAUUAGCGAUCUGUCCCUGAUGUACAAAGACCUAUAAAACCAGAGAAUCACUCGCCCCUCUUGUGUUGUUAAACUUGAGAGGGUGAUCUUUUGUGAGAGUUGUUUCCUUUAAAUAACAUGGUAAUUUUGAAGAAACAUGGUCAUAUCAUAUAAUGUUUAUCUAUGUUCAGUUUAAGACUUUAAG